CAGAGGAGGAACCCAGUGAAGCAGACGCGCAGUGGAGGCUAGUGUGGUCCCUUAAAGAAAUUCAUGCCAUCGCCGUUUGUUCAACGGCCCGUCUAUUUCACACUGGAUACGGAACACUUAUAUGCAAUUCAUAGAGAAUAAACUCAGUUGAUACACGCCGGAAUAACGCACACUGCAUGACCUUGCAUUGAAUGUCAUUAUAGACGGAUUUUUUUUAAAGCACCGACACGGUAAGGUCAUCGGCUGCAGACAUGGAGAUUGUCACACAUUUCAUCAAUGACACCAUAGAAUUCUACAAAUGGACUCUAAAUAUUGCAGACAAGCGAGUGGAGAAAUGGCCUCUGAUGGAAAACCCCCUGCCCACACUGGCCAUCAGCACAUCCUACCUGCUAUUCCUCUGGCUGGGGCCCAAAUACAUGAAGAACAGAGAGCCCUUCCAGCUCCGCAAAACCCUCAUUGUGUACAACUUCAGCAUGGUCUUCCUCAACUUCUUCAUCUUUAAAGAGCUGUUUAUGGCAGCGCGGUCAGCAAGCUACAGUUACAUUUGUCAACCGGUGGACUAUUCAGAGGACCCCAAUGAAGUCAGGGUGGCAGGAGCUCUGUGGUGGUAUUUCAUCUCUAAGGGCAUCGAGUAUCUGGACACAGUGUUUUUCAUCCUGAGGAAAAAAUUCAACCAGGUUACUUUUUUGCAUGUCUACCACCACUGCACCAUGUUCACGCUCUGGUGGAUCGGCAUCAAAUGGGUGGCAGGAGGACAGUCAUUCUUUGGUGCACACAUGAACGCAGCGAUCCACGUCUUGAUGUACCUGUAUUAUGGCCUGGCCUCCUGUGGACCUAAGAUCCAAAAGUACCUUUGGUGGAAGAAGUACUUGACCAUCGUCCAGAUGAUCCAGUUCCACGUCACCAUCGGCCACACAGCUCUGUCCCUCUACGUCAACUGCGACUUCCCCCACUGGAUGCAUUACUCCCUCAUCUGCUACGCCAUCACCUUUAUCGUCCUCUUCGGCAACUUCUACUACCAGACGUACCGGCGCCAGCUGCCCAGACGCGACGCCUCCUCCUCCAAAGCAGGCAAGGCCCUCUCUAACGGGAGCCUCAACGGGCUCAGCAAGGCCCCCAACGGAGCUGCGGUGAUGGGAAGCAAAGAGGAGAAGCCCCAGGAGAGCUCUGGGAGGAGAAAGAGGAAAGGAAGAGCUAAAAGAGAUUAGAGGAAGAAGACGAGUGAGAGAGGUCGAGGUGAGGUAGGGCCUUGCUUUGGGUUCUAGGUUGAUAGUGCUAAAACAUGAAAGACUUAAUUUGAGGAAGGUUUAGACGGAUGGAUGUGUUAAGGUGUGAUGUGUUUAUUUAAGCCAUGAUCUGAGUUGUUGUAGAUCAAAUAUGAGACAGGCUUGUGUUGAGAGAGGAUCAUUCUGUUAGCAAGAGGUGUCAAAGGUCAUGCCCAAGGUUAUCACAAAAUACAGCAGUGUAUGGUAUGGGAUAGAUCUUAGUAUUCCCUCUCUUUAUUGUGGUGCCAAGUACUCUAGAUCUGGUUCAAAAAGUGACUUUCAGCGUCUAAAAACUGAGCCUGGAAAGGAAACAAAGAGUUAACCAGGUCCGUCUGGCAUGCUGGGAAAGCUACAUUACAUGCGCCUGAGCUGCUUGAAAAAGAUAUCAUUCUUAUUGUUACUGCUGUAUUGAGACAGGAAUACGCAUCAUAACACGUGCAUCAUUUCUUUUGUUGUUCACCUCUACAGAUAUAAAACGGACGAUAAUGUACAGUAUCAUGUCACUUUUGUCCUCAUCUUAUUCAAGUUGUUAUUAUUGUUGAGUGAGAGAGACUUAAGUUCACAGUUCUUGUUUACUGAAUACACACAUCUGCAGUUAUCCACGUAUUUGUUAACAUGGAGUUGUCUUAUUUCUUCUUCUUUUUUUAAGUUGUGGACUCGACUCGACCACUCACUUUUAAGCUGUCACCCAUUAUCGUACAGUUACUUUCUUAAGAGGUAAAACAAAUCAAUAUCCAGAGAUAAGAUGUGCAUAGAAAUAGAAAUGAUUUUCUAUUUCUGUACACAACCAUAGCAGGUUUUAUAUGUCCCUACUUGUAUGUAGUGUGAUGAAAUGUAAGGAAAAUUAUCCAGAGAAAUUAUGUAUCAGAUGAUUAUCUCAACGUUUCCCCAUUUUAACAGAAAAGCUGAUGAGUUUUGUGUUUGCAGAUGUUUACCUGUGUUUUUAUAUUAUAUCUGAUGUUGUUGUUUGUCUUACAUGUUGGUGAAUAUGUUGUGUGCCGAACAAAGAAGUGGUGGUGGAGAAUUCAAAACUAGCCAACAGCCAGUUUUCAUCAAGUUAACUAAGCCUACCGUAAGCACCAUUUUCUUCCCAUGUUCAAACAAAUAUCUUUUUGUGUCUAUGUUUCCAGGCUUGAAUUUAUGAAAGAAUUUGGAUUUCAAAAGAUAAAGGUUCUGAUUUAUAUACAAAACGAGCUGGUGAACCUCUUUAGUGACUUUGUACGUUAUACUAUGAAGAAUAAUUGAUCUCUGCCUCUAUAGAGUAUAACUCAGUGGGUGGCUCUUUAUCAGCAAAUCCAGCUUUAUGUCAUCCAUUAACCAAUGCAUUUUAAUGUUAUUCAUUGUUUUUUUAUUUUUUAUGUAAAUACCAAUUUUUCAUGUUACUGAGAGUGCUUGUAUUUGUGUUCUUUUGUGUUGUACAUAUUACAUUGUGAUAUUUUGUACACUGCGCAUUUGGGGAUGUUCCCAGCUUGUUAGCUUGGACAUUUAUACGUCCAUAUUGCUUCUGUGUUUUUUUUUUUUAAGUAUCAUAACUU